AUGUUCCACCAAGUAACUCAUAAGCAAAGCUUGAUACUGCAGCUCUUACUGCACUUCCUAUGCGUCAACGUGGUGUACACCAAUUUGACAGCACCAAAGCCGACGUUGCUAACGAAGCUGCAGCCGAAGCCAAAUGGACCCGAUAGCGCCUUCAAAAGCUGCUACCAAAACAAGUGUCAGUGCAAAAAAGAACUAAUCAAUUGCUACUUGAGCGACCGCAAUGGUGCGGUGACGCUCACCAUUUCCUGGGAUUUGGGAAAAGACAAGAUUACAAUGGACUGCGAAGGCGCGACUGAAAAUUUAGACGCGCUGUUAAGUCAAGUGACGCAUGAAUUCGUACAUAAUGAUACCUAUUACGAGCUGACCAAUUGUCAACAACUGCCGACUAUGCUGCGUCGUCCGAACAUCACUUACAUAGGUCACGUGUCAUUUACUGAAGAUGUUGCAGUACCUGAGCGUUUGUUUUUGGAUACAAAUGGCUUGUUGUUGUUAGUGUUUAAUAUAACAACGUCGAAUGCGGCGCUUAGCUUGCCGGUGCAACUGUUUCACGACCUUACGGAAAUAAGAGAGUUGGAGUUGUUAGUUGUUAGUGACGCGCCAGCGAUCACCUUACCCGUGGAACUCUUUCAUAAACUUGAAACUUUGGAAAUACUCUCUUUUUACGUGUAUAACGCUGCGAUGGGCUAUUACGAAAAGCCGAAUGCGCAACGAACAUCGGCACGAAAUUUAACGAGCGCACAUUUUCGUGAUUGUAAUGCAUUGAGGAGUCUGCUGCUGGAUGCGAAUCAACUCAGAACGCUGGAGCCAACAAUUUUCAAUACACUGCACGAAUUGAACCAUUUGAGUUUGAGUUUGAACGAGUUGCAAAGUUUACCCGAAGACUUAUUCGUUGCGCAACAAAAGCUGGUCAUAGUGGACUUGAGUAUGAAUGCGUUGAGCGCACUGCCGCCGCGCUUAUUUGCGCAUACGCCACUGUUAUGGAAAUCAAACUUAGCUGAAAAUCAUUUCCACACGCCUACAAAUAUUAUAGCCGCACUGCACUCGCUACACUAUCUCUACAAACUCGAUUUGGAUAAUAAUAAGCUCAGUAGCAUUUGGGGCACCGGCAUAUAUAGCAAUCGGACGCUACUAACACGCAGCGAUAUAAGAGAUCCAGCAACGCUGCCCGAGUUCACCGAUUAUGUGACCAUUGAGCGCGGCGCUUAUAAUGAACGCGAACUUAAUAUUACCAUUAUUAGUCUACGUCGAAAUCAGCUUACGCACUUCAACUUCGACUGGAUUAGUGGCGCUGAUGGCUUAGCUUGCCCUUACGAGCUGGAUCUCUCGCGCAAUAAAAUUGAAACUAUUUACGCUGCCAAGCGACCGCCGAGCACCACUGGCAGGUGCCAGCGCAAUUUAAACUACAAUCGCUUGCAUUGUGAUUGCCAACUAGCUUGGUUGUAUAACAGCGAUUUUCUAACGAAAGAUGUUGACUGGAGUUGUACAACGCCAGCGGCGUUAGCGCGGAAGCCACUCAAAGAGUUGCAGCGCAGUCAGCUGUGCCCUUGGGCGCCGAGCUUUUGUCCUGCGGGCUGUGUGUGUGACUAUGCCACACAAGCGCUUGUUGUGAAUUGCACAAACGCGCGUCUUGAGGGCAUCACACAGCUGCCGCAUGCUGCGCAGUUCGCGCUCAACAGCAGCACGCUUUACAUCGAGCGCAACAAUUUCUACGAACUACCUGUGAAUACAACGCCAGGUUACGUGGAUGUUACACACAUCUACGCCGCGCACAAUCGGCUUGUCGCGCUGCAGUCAACUCACUUGCCGCCCAAUCUGACAACGUUGGAUGUGCGCGACAAUCAGCUGGAGCGUCUGGGCGCUGACUUUCUGCGCGCAUACCUAAAUGAGAGCGCAACAUUGCAGGCGUUAUAUCUCGGUGACAAUCCGUGGUUAUGCGAUUGCGAGUCGGAGGAGCUCUUGCAUGCGGUUCGCCUACAGCGCGCGCGCAUACCCGAUGCCAGCAGUUUAAUGUGUGCAAAUUUUGCUAAUGUCACUUUACUGAGUGCGCGCUUUGAAGAAAUAUGUAAGAAACCCUUUCAGUACGCCAGCUUGUAUGCGCCGCUUAUUGGCGUGUUUAGUUCUUCAGUACUUAUACUAGUGCUUGUUGCGCUCUUUUACAAAUACAAGUUAACGGUGAAAAUUUGGUUUUUCGGCCACAACAUGUUUUUGUGUUGCAUCAAGGAACACGAGCUGGAUAAGCAUAAAGCUUUCGAUGCCUUCAUCUCGUAUGCGCAUCAAGACCAACACUUUGUUAAUACCGUGUUGAUACCGGGAUUGGAGCAGGGUGGCACACGUUUUCGCAUUUGUACACACGAACGAAAUUGGCUCGCCGGUGUUUAUAUACCUGAGCAAAUAAUGGAGUCGGUAGAGCAAUCGUGUCGCACGAUUAUUGUGCUUUCACAGCAUUUCAUCGAAUCUGACUGGGCGCGCUUGGAGUUUCGCACCGCCCAUCAGUGCGCUUUAAAUGAAGGUCGCGCGCGCAUAAUUAUUAUAAAGUACGGUGAGCUUACGGAUUUGACGCGUCUGGAUAACGAAUUGCUGGCCUACAUGAAAUUGAAUACCUACUUGGAAUGGGGUGAUACGAGAUUCUGGCCUAAACUGCGCUACGCUUUGCCGCAUAAAUUUGGUGAGGUUAAAAAAUCGGGUAUGUUGGAAGUUGGCAGAAAAGUCUAUGUGCGAGACGGCUUGGAGAUGCAUGAAUUACACAUUUAG